GGGCUCUCACCAUUUUGUGAUUGGAGUGGAAAUAUACCGAUAUGUGACACCGGGAUUUUAUUUUGUCGUAUUGAGUGUUUUGGUUUUUUUUUGAAUUGAAGAAGGAACUUGUGAACCAAAGUGGAGCAGUAUUUAAGUUGGGGAAAAACGUUAGAUUUCAAAUUGGAUCCCCUUUAGUUGCAGGGUUUGUACAGAAGCUGUACUGUCUGAAGUGAUGGAGGGUGCAGAUGUCUUGCCCGUCAAAUCUAUCUACUGGCUAUAAACGCACCCCACUAGAUUCAGCUGAACCCAUUGUCAUUAAAGAGACAAUCAGAGAGAGAGAGAGAGGGUGUUUAUCUGAGUAAUCAGGAAGAGAUUACAGCAAUUGAGAAAGUGAAAGGUUGGGAUUUUAGCUUUGGAAUUGAUCAGGGUUUUUUUGGUAGGGUUUAAGGGCUGCUUGUUAAAAGGACCAAGAGAGAAGUUUGAGAGAGCGAAAGAUUAAAGCAAAAGAAAGAGGUGGUCUUUCUAUAUACACAGAUCCCUAUGGAAUGCAGGAGUGCUCCCCAGCACUUGUUGCUCUUUGAAAUUCAUUCUUUUUGUUUAGUUUAAAGAGACUGGUUUGGUUGUCUUUUGAGAGAGAAGGGGAGAGAGAGAGAGAGAGAGAGCAUGUGGGGAGUUCCAAGUGAUUGCGAGUGCAUAGAUUGUAGAGUCUCUUAGAAAAUUAUCUUGCAAUGAGUUCUUCUGCUACACAACAAAAGGCCAACCUUUGGCUUGGAGCACAAGAGAUUUUGGUAUGAUUAGUUUAUUUGCUUGUCAAUGAUUGACAAAGUCUUCCAGCAGCUGAUAGAGAUAUACUGUUAAAAUACAAAAAAGGAGGAGAGAGAGAUACGGGUAGAAGAUGAAGCGCACGAGUGAUAACAAUGAAAGCAAUAAUAAUAACUGGUUGGGGUUUUCCCUUUCACCUCACAUGAAAAUGGAGGUUCCUUCAGACCCCCAUCACUACCAUCAUCAUUCCCAGUCUCCUGCCGCUGUCUCUGAUGCUGUCACUACAAGCUUUUAUUUGCCAAAUCCUCAACUCAGCAACCCUGGAAUCUGUUUUGGAGUUGGAGAAAAUGGUGGGUUUCACUCUUCGUCGUCUGUAAUGCCACUGAAGUCUGAUGGGUCUCUCUGCAUCAUGGAAGCUCUCACCAGAUCACAAAAUGAAGGUAUUAUGCCAUGCCCCUCACCUAAGCUAGAGGACUUUCUAGGGAUUCAUGAGAGGGAAACAAUGGCUUUGAGCUUGGACAGUCUGUAUUAUCACCAAAAUGCAGAACCUGAAACAAACAGGCAACACUCAAUGGGUCUUUUUCAGGAACCAUUCAGGCAGCAGAACCAGUUCUCAUUUCAACAACACGCAUACUAUGCUGGAAUGCAAUACCAAACCAUGUAUCAGCCUCCAUUAGAGCAAGAACCCAAGGUCACCCAGCUUACAGAAUGUGAUUCCCAGAUCCCUCAAAUGGGAGAUGACGGUAUGCCUUGUUUGAGAAACUGGGUUACUAGGCAGUAUCAGACCCACAACCACAAUGCACUGGAGCCACAAAUGAAUGGUAGCAUUGUUGAUGAUGGUGGUGCCUCUGGGUCUGUUAGUGUAAUGGGUGGUGGGGAUUUGCAAUCUCUAACCUUGUCUAUGAGCCCUGGUUCACAGUCCAGCUGUGUCACAGCUCCUAGACAGAUCUCACCUACUGGUACUGAAUGUGUGGCCAUAGAAACAAAGAAGAGAGCUUCUGGAAAAGUGGGUCAAAAGCAGCCUGUUCAUAGGAAGUCUAUUGACACAUUUGGGCAGAGAACAUCACAGUACAGAGGUGUUACAAGACAUAGGUGGACGGGUAGAUAUGAAGCACAUUUGUGGGAUAAUAGUUGCAAGAAGGAGGGCCAGACCAGGAAAGGAAGGCAAGUGUAUCUUGGUGGGUAUGACAUGGAGGAGAAAGCGGCGAGAUCCUAUGAUCUUGCUGCCCUCAAGUACUGGGGACCUUCAACACACAUAAAUUUUCCGUUGGAAAAUUACAGGCAAGAACUUGAAGAAAUGAAGAACAUGACCCGCCAAGAAUAUGUCGCACAUCUACGAAGGAAAAGCAGUGGGUUCUCAAGGGGGGCUUCCAUGUACAGAGGAGUAACAAGACACCAUCAGCAUGGUAGAUGGCAAGCUAGGAUUGGCAGGGUUGCUGGAAACAAAGACCUUUAUCUUGGGACUUUCAGCACGCAAGAGGAAGCAGCGGAAGCAUAUGACAUUGCUGCAAUCAAAUUUCGUGGGGCUAAUGCGGUGACCAACUUUGACAUUACUAGAUAUGAUGUUGAGAGAAUCAUAGCCAGCAGUACUCUACUUGCCGGAGAGCAUGCUAGGCGUAACAAACAAAUCGAGUCAAGCAAUGAGGCCAUUGAUUAUAGUUCAUCAGCACAUAACAAUACUGAAUCUAUCCAAGUUGAUAACAAGAAUGGUGUAGCUGGUUCAGACUGGAAGAUGGGCUUGUAUCAGUCAUCACAGCAGCAAACUAAUGAUGACAUCAGAUUGCUUGAGCUGAACUCCAUCGACAAUGGUAGUUAUCGGCAUUCCUCAUUCUCAAUGGCCUUGCAGGAUCUUACUGGUAUGGAUUCUGCCAACUCUAUGCAGCAGCAAAUAGUGGAUGAAUCAACAAAAAUUGGGACUCAAUUCUCAAAUGCGUCAUCACUGGUCUCCAGUUUGGGCAGUUCCAGAGAAGCCAGCCCUGAUAAAGUCUGUCCUAGCACACUGCAUUUUGCUAAACCUCCAUUGGCAUCCAAGUUUAUCGCUGGUGUUAAUCCUUGGUUUUCAUCAACAACUCAGUUGACGCAUGCUGCUGCAGUCUCUAUGUCUCACUUGCCUGUUUUUGCUGCUUGGAAUGACUCCUAGAAUUGAAAAAAAAAAAAAAAAACCCCCUAUCUUGUCACUAUGUGGAAGUUUUGCAUGGAAAUGAAAAGGGAAACAGUGUGGUCUAGGCCAAAAGAAAAAAGGGGUUUUGAUUUUGAUUAUGUUUAGUGGAGGACAAUCAGUGGAUCAAUGGAAGACAAAAAUGGUGGGAUAGUUGUGAUCUGUCUGUAACCCAAGUGCAAGAAACUUUUCUUUCAACAUGGUUUUAACUUUUGGCUCUUAUUGGAAUCAAGAUUAUGCAAAAUGGAGGAACGAUUAAAUUCUAUGAAAUGAUGUUUGAACCUUUAUACAUUA